AUGUGGUUGCCAAGAAGGGGGGUCCCCUCCCGCGGUGAAGAAGGGAAGGUGGACACCCUCCCCCCCGGGCGACGAUCAUGGGCCGGGGUGGGUUGGAAUCGGCGGUACGAUGUGGCAAGGCCCCCACGGGACCGGGGACCGGGGGAUCGGGAGGAGUGGGCUGUAUGGCGUGCAUUGCCCGGGCCCUCGGCGCCCGGGGGUUCGCAUGGGAUGAGUGGCCCCGGGAGGUGUCGUGGUCCGUCGGCGCGGGAUGGGACGGCGGACGGGACGGCGGAGGAAAUGUGGGGCCCAUGCCGGGCGGCGCGCCGGGCCGGUGGGUAUCGGGGCCGUGCUCGGGCGCGCCGUGUCGCGGGACGCGCUAGGCCCGAACCGGCGCGGAGAGCUUCACACUCGCAGAGCGCAGGAAAAAGCCAUGUCGUGCGGAGGAUACGUAGCCAGUGCGCGCAAUGCGCCAAUUGA